GGGGCAAUCUAGUACCAACCCACUCGCCUUACAUAUGAAUUUCCACGACUAUCCAUUCAUCUAGUUCUGGUUGAUUAAUUAAUUCAACGAGCUCCUUUUCCCUUAUUCUCUUAAGUCUCUAGCCUCCCUUCGUUGUCUACCUAAUCCAGCACAUAACCUGUUUUACCGCUCAUCCCAGUUUAAACCUAAACUUUCUUGUCUUUUCCCUCUAGCUUUACUUCUAAGCAACCAUCCCAAAAAUGGCGGACCGCAUCAGAGAGAGAAUGAACCAGCUCCGUCUGGAGGCUGACGAGUCUGCUGCCAAAGUCGAAGAGCUACAGGCUAAAGUUAAGGUUCUCGAGCAGGAAAACCUCGCCAAAGAGCAAGAGAUCACCUCCCUCUCCCACAAGAACGGCCUUCUCGAGUCUGAGAACGAGAAGCUCGACACUACCAUCAAGGAUUUGAAGAAGACGGCCGAUGAGGGCUUGCAACAUGGUACGCACAACGAGACCCUCCAACGAAGACUUCAGCUGCUUGAGGAAGAAGCCGAGGAAGCAGACAAGACCCUUCGUGAGACAAAUGAGAAGCUUCGCCAGACUGACGUGAAAGCCGGCCAUUUUGAGCGCAAGGUACAGGCGUUGGAGAACGAGCGGGACCAGUGGGAGACGAAGUACGAGGAUAUGUCCAAGAAGUACCAAGCUCUCCAGAAGGAGUUGGAGGACCUCCAGGCCGAGAUCAGCAACAUUUAGGGCGGUAUUACUUUCGUCGAGACCGGUGUCGCGAGACGUCGAGGCUGUGCCUUAGAGGCCAAGGGUUUCUUUCUUCUUACCAGCACUGGCACUAUGUCAAC